AUCUAGCAUAACCUCAAACUCCCUGUGAUUACAUUAUACUACGCUUCAGCGACGUCGAGGCAUUAAUGUCAACUGUGCCGAAUGUGUAAGACAAGAUUUCUAACUGGGCGACAGAUGCUGCGAAGUCUUCAUUGCUCUUUAUCGCACCCGGACUUAGACGUGUAUGAUGUAAGGGACUCGUUAGUAUGCUGGAUAAGCGGCGACUCCAUGCCUCCGGUACGUCGCCUUACACUCUGAUUUUCGUGGUCGCCUUGGCACUGACUGGAUGCUUCUCCUUCUGGCUUCACAUCGACAGCUCCGGUUCACCGACGCCGUACAGCAGCGGCGCGUCGGCACCGGGAUAUCUGCUAAUCCUUCCCGGAAACGUGACGCUCUCCCCGCAACCGUAUUUACUGCACGAACUUUCGUUCGGUGACAAAUCCACCUUGAUCGACAUAAAGGACUUCCGGUUCACGAUCAACAAUGACCCGUGCAACCGGACGCACCCGUUGCUGCUGAUGCUGGUUCAUUCGGCUCCCGAAAACUUUGUUAAGAGAAACGUGGUCAGGGAGACAUGGGGCCAGCAAUCUCCGGAGGUGGCGCUCCUCUUCUUCGUCGGCUCGUCUGAUGGAUAUCAGACGAUGCUGGAAGAGGAGAAUAGAAAAUUCAAAGAUUUGAUACAAGGCAACUUUCUCGAUGCCUACAGAAACAUGACUUACAAGCAUGUGAUGGCAUUGAAGUGGGCUACGUAUCAUUGUCCAAGUGCCAAAUAUAUAUUAAAAUUAGACGAUGAUGUUUUUGUUCAUAUACCUGCCAUGCUGGAUUUCUUGACGCGUGAUUUAUCGCCAUGGGGAGCCAGACGAUUGAUCCUGUGCGAUCUUCUACCCACGGGUACCGUGAAGAGAUCCUGGCGUUCCAAAUGGAGAGUCUCCCCUCGAGAAUAUCCUGGCAGACACUAUCCUGCGUAUUGUGCCGGAUGGGCUAUACUCUACUCUCCCGAUAGCGUAUUUCUUUUGUAUCGUGAGGCACAGAAAGAGCCAUAUUUCUGGAUCGACGAUGUUCAUAUUACCGGGACGUUAGCUAGGAAAGUAAAUUUAACACAAACCUCUCUGCAUUACUUGGUGCUAACUAACGAGAAUAUGCAGGACCUUCUAUCAAAUCCAAAUUCUCGUAGGGAGUUUCUGUUCGGACCUCCAAACCUUACUGAAAACGAGAUAAGAGCCUUACAGAGCUUGGUCACUAAACCACGGCCUAGCAGCGAAAGCCUAGUGAACUGAAACAUUUCGAAUGAGCGAAAGACAUUUAUGCAUCUGUGAUCAUUUUUAUCCUCAAGAUAAUUUUUCAGAUGAAAAAGCGUCGUCGCGAUUUAAAAUUCUUUCAUUUGCCUAUCCCCAGUAACCUUUAGAUAUAAACAAGGGUUAAAAAUUAAUUCUCAAACGAAAUAUUUCGAUUAUUAAAUUUUAUUAACAAUAAGGCAGAUGCAUAAAUCUUUUUCUUAUUUAAUACGACAAAAAAUUUCUCUGGUACUUGAUAUUUUGCACACUUUUCCUGCAUUUCAAUUCUCUACGGAUAUAAUUCUCUUCGUGAGUGUUCAAUUUUUUGCACAGUAUUUUUACAGUAUUAUACUUCGUUGCAAGGGAAAUUUUUUCUAAAUAUCGAAUCAUAUAUUUCGGAAUAAUAUAAUAUUUUUUUAUUGUGGUUGGCUUUUCCAUAAUGAUACUAUAAGAGUAAUAUUAUAAUUUCUUUCGUAAUUUUAUAUCUGUGUGACGGCUAUCUUACGGCUAUAUUACGUAAUCAACGUUUCAAUAAAAUUCUUAAAAGCGUGUCUGAUUUGAUGAAGCGCAUCACAAUCAACGCACAAUGAUUUGUAUAUUCCUUGUUUGGUGUUGUAUAUCCGACUAAUUUAAUUAAUACUAUCUGACUAAUUAAUUAAAAAUGAUCAAGCGAUGCAUAUCAUAUUAACAUCGCAUAAUGAAAUUUUCCUUUUUGUGAAUCAACUGAUGCAAAAACAAAUGUAUUAUAAUCCCAAGAUUAUAGGGCCAGAAAACGAUCGAGGAAUAAAAACAAAUUUAUAGAUAUUCAAUUCAAAAUUUAAGAUAUCAAAUUAUUAUAUGAAAUCUGAUUAUAUGAAAUGAGAUUAUUAGGUACCAAUAAGUAAAACCCCAAAUCAAGGGUCCAUUCGCGAGUUAGGAGGGCUUAAAAACUGGAAAUUCUUGUUCUUGUAACGCGAAUCGUUUAUCUGACGAUUCGAAUGAAAUUCUAAUUUUCAGCUCCUUGAAUGAUUAGCGAAAACAUGGAUCUUGAACCUACACGCACCUUUCUUUCUAUCAAUUUUCAUAUUUAUCAAUGAUGCAAUAUACCUCAGUAUACGUAUGUACACACACACACACACACACACACACACACACACACACACACACACAUACACAUAUGUUAUAAUUAUAUUCAGUUGGUUUGCUAGGAGAGUAAUACAAUUGAAAAUAUUAUAUUUUUCAAGCAAUAUGUUUUAUAUAAAAAGUUUCCCAUUAAAAAUUGCAAUUGACAAUAAUAUAUUUUUCAGGAAAUCUAUUUAAUAUAGGUUUCAAAUUGGAAAUUAUUAAUUACUUAACUAUUUAACAAUGAAAUCGUUUUAUAAUUAACGGCAGUGUUUGGAAUCUUGUUCAUUUAUUAGCUUAAUCUCCAAAUCUGUAGUUUUGGUAUUUCCUAAAUUCAAUUUUGGGCUAACUUCAACUAAUUGAUUAUGCUCGCGUGUAACUAUUUCUUCUAGUUUCAUCACCCUGGACGUUUUGCCAGCUAAGUUCUCUUGUUUUGGCUACUGAUUCUCUAUAUCGCAUUUGAAAUAUUCUGAGUUUGUGUAAUGUUGCAUUAUCUCAAGUUCACAUUCUAUCUUUUGCAACCUUGAGCUCAUUUCAUUGUUAGUACCCAAUUGUAUAGUACACAAUUCUGUAAUUUUAGCAGUUUGUGCUUCUGUAUGUUUAUACAAUUAUGCAACUUUUUCCCUCCCUGCAUUCUGCCAUUUACGUUUAGCACCUAUAGAUAAUAAAUUACAAGAAAGGUUUUACGUUCUGGGUAUAUAUUAUUUGUGUAUAUUAUUUACUACUAAAAAAAGGAUUAAAAUAUUAUUUUAAAGUAUGUUAUUCUUAUUAAAUAGUAUAUUUUCAUCUUAAUAAAUACAUUUUUUCUAUAGAACUAAUUUUUUCAUUAUAGAAGUAACAAUUUUUUAAGUAUAUCAACCUUCUGGCAAACCGACGAUAUACAUAUUUAAAUCUCGGUUGUUCUGUCGUUUUCUCUCUUUGUUUCAAUCUAGAAUACAACGAAUACGAUUUGCAAAAGAAGCGCAUGAAUUUCUCUGUAAAAUGGCGAGAGAGAGAGAGAGAGAGAGAGAGAGAGAGAGAGAGAGAGAGAGAAAGAGAGAAAGAAUAUAUGUGUUAAACGGUAACAAUUAAUAUAAUACGCUUCACUGUUGCUGCAAUGGAGAUCUGUAAAUUCUGAAUUGUUCUGUAUACACUUAUAGAUAUACGUACAAAAUGUUGGUGACUAUUAGUUAGCAAAGUAUCAUGUCUAUUAUUCUCUGAUGUGGAUUAAACAACCUUUUUUUUAUUUAUUUAAUUUAUAUUAACUAUAGCAGCAUUUUCGUCACAUUAUGUAGAAAAAACCGAAGGUUUUUUCAUUGUAUAUUAUCGAACAUGUUUAUAUAGUAAUGGAGUAAAAUACUUAUAAUUUCAAUAAACUACGGAUUGUUUCAA